UCCUCCCACCCCUACUAUUUUUAUUCCCCCUCUCUGGUGGGUGUUGCCUGAGAUUGUGUUAAAUGUCAGCAGAACACCUUCUUUUCUGAAUGAAAGCACCAGGCUGCAGGACAGAAGGACUUCUGAGGACCACUUUACACUGGAAAUACAACUAUAACCUGAACACCGUGGAAUUAUUCGUAGUCAGAACACAGUACGUCAUGAUGAAACUAAUGUUGUGAUGCAACACUGUGCAACUGAAGAUGGGAGAAGGGAGCUGGAGGGGAUCUUUAUUCCAGUGGGAGUUGCUUGACACAGUAUUAAAAUUUCAAAGUGAAAGUAUCAGGCUGAAGAACUUCCUAACCAUCACUGUGGAUGUCCCGUUUACUCCUCACUAGCGAAAGAGGCCAUGGACAAAUGGUACCUGCUUCACCUGAUUCAAGUACUUCUCAUCACACCCUGUUUCUGUGAAAACAAUAUGCUGGACUGUCCUGACAUAAAAACGACUGUUGGGCAACCAUUAAAUCUAACCUGCACAGUUAUGAAGUGUGUGAACACAGGGUGUAAAGACUGCAACUCUACCAAAUAUAAAUGGAAGAAGGACAACAAAACACUGAAACAUGGCAAUAGUACUGGUCAGCUUCAGUUUUAUUACCCAAUUCAGAAUGCAUCCAUGGAGCAUAAUGGAACGUAUACAUUUUGGGUGCAGCUGAAGAGUGGUCCUCUUACAAAGAACUUCAGCGUGCUCUUAUUAGACAUUCCGCUGAACUGUCCUGACAUAAAAACGACUGUUGGGCAACCAUUAAAUCUAACCUGCACAGUUGGGUGUAAAGACUGCAACUCUACCAAAUAUAAAUGGAAGAAGGACAACAAAACACUGAAACAUGGCAAUAGUACUGGUCAGCUUCAGUUUUAUUACCCAAUUCAGAAUUCAUCCAUGGAACAUAAUGGAACGUAUACAUUUUGGGUGCAGCUGAAGAGUGGUCCUCUUACAAAGCACUUCAGCGUGAUCAUAUCAGAAAACAAGACUGGAACUAAUCACCACCCUAACACUCGCACAGGAGAAUAUUCUCAUAAUCAUAAAGUGGCUGUAAUUUUUGUGGCCAUUCCUUCUACCAUAGCCCUUGUUGCUUCCAUUGGUUAUGUAUAUAAAAAAAUGAGAAGUAACUGCAGCUUUCCAAACAGAGAGCGUGUUCAAAUUUCAGAUUCCAGAUCUUAAUCCCAAGAAACAAAACAUAUCAUCAUGGAUACUGUGACAAGCUGUCUUACUGGUGUCAAUCUGUCAGUCAAGCUGAGAGGAACAGUAAACGAGGAGGUGAAAACUGAAACAAUUGGUUUUAUAGAACAAAUAAACACUGGUCAGGUUUCUUGUUUGUUUUGUAAAAUAUUUUGCAUAUAUAUAGCAAAUGUGUAUACAUAUGUAAUGUAUUUCUUCCGCUUUUUCUAUCUAAUUUCCAUGAAACGUUGUAUUACUGAUCAUUUGUGAUCAUUGAGUAAGAGAUUGUUGGACAAAAGCUUGUUUUAAGUUACUUUCAAA